AUGGCUUUGAACUCCUUGAAGCCCAUCUCCCUUUGCAUCCUUGUUACCUUCUUCAGUUUCGCAACUAGUAAAGCAAAGGGCGCUGACUUUCUUUAUCGAUUUUGCAGUGACGACAGAAGCAGUGGGAACGGCACCUAUCCGAUGAACCUGAGGACCCGCCUCUCUUCCUUAUCUUCCAAAGCCAGCGACAAAAGAUUCGACGUCGAGCCAGUGCCUGCCACAAACUCCUCUGACACGGUGUAUGGUCUUUUCAUGUGCAGGGGUGAUGUACUCCCUCAAGCCUGCAAAGACUGCGUCGCAAACGCAACCCAGACUCUAUCUUCGGACACGAACUGUUCCCUGGCCAAAUGGGGUGUGAUUUGGUACGAGGAGUGCAUGGUACGGUACUCAAAUGACUCCUUCUUCUCCACAGUGGACACAUCUCCUGCUUUCUUCAAGUGGAACUUGGCCAAUAUCUCCUCCAACUCAACAAGCAGCUUCAUGACUUCGUUGGACGCCACCAUGAUGGAAACUGCAAAUCAAGCAGCCAAAUCUAGUAACAGGUAUUCCACGAGGCAGGAAAACUUGUCUGGAUUUCAGACCCUUUACUGCCUAGCUCAGUAUGAAUUGUACCCUUUCUACCGCGUCAGUGAUGCACAAAUAGGACUCGUCCCUGAAACAAAAUAUGCACACACAGAUUCUGAAUAUUCAGAAGAUCCCGGCUAUAUUUCUUACAACUGCUCAAACAACAAAGCUGACGCUGCUUUCCAAUCAAAUCUCAGAACCCUGCUCUCUGACAUGUCUUCCAACGGCACCUCUCAAAAUGGAUUCCAGACGCUGGAGAAAACAGCCUAUGGCCUCUUCAGGUGCCGUGACGACAUUACUCUUGGCCUCUGUGGACAAUGCAUCCAAAACGCAACUGACAAAAUAGCCUCUCUGUGUGGUUUGGCUUCUACGGAGGCCGUCAUAUGGUACAAUCACUGCUGGCUUCGCUAUUCCGACAGAGACUUCUUCUCCAGCGCCGACACAAGUCCGAGAUUUUGGGAUCUGAAUAUCAGCAACACCAAUCCGAUACAGUCCUCCGUUGCUUCUGAAUUAUCCAACAAGCUAGAUGAGGUGGCCACGAAGACAGGGAACAGUAAUACCAAAUACCAAACAGAAUCACUGAGAUUGAAUGAUAAGCAAACAGUGUAUAUUCUUGCCCAAUGCUCAUCGGGUCUAUCAACCAAUAGUUGCGUUGGGUGCCUUAGUGAUGUGAUUGGAAUGGCAAUUCCAUGGGGCAGUUUAGGAAGUGUCGGUGGACGAGUUCUCUAUCCAAGCUGUUUUCUUCGCUUUGAACUGUUCCAGUUUUACAAUCUCGUUCUUACCACUGCUAAUCCUCCCCCACCAGAUUCUAAACCAGAGAAAGUUCUGAGUUGUGGCUACAUGUCUCCAGAAUAUGCUAUGUUUGGACAAUUUUCCGAGAAAUCUGAUGUUUACAGUUUUGGUGUUGUGGUUCUCGAGAUUAUCAGUGGAAAAAAGAAUACAAGUCCACAUGAACCACAUCGUGUUGCUGAUGGUCUUCUAAAUUUUGUUUGGAGACAUUGGAGGGAUGAAACAGCAUUGAGCAUAUUAGACCCAAAAUUAAAGGAAAAGUAUGGUGGUGAUGUUGAAGUGAUGAGAUGCAUUCAAAUGGGACUAUUAUGUGUUCAAGACAGUCCAGAUGCUAGACCUACAAUGCUGACAAUUGUUUCAUAUCUUAGCAGUCACACAAUUGAGUUGCCAUCUCCAAGAGAACCAACAUUUUUCUUACACCAGAGAAUGGAUCCAAUUGUUACUCAUGAAUCAAGUUCAGGACAAGCUCCCAACAGUUCCACACCAUCCUCUAUCAAUGAAAUAUCUAUAAGUGGAUUUUAUCCUCGAUAA